AUUGGAACAUGUUCCACUAUCUGACAAUACUGUUGCCAGGAGAAUUGAUGACAUGGCUGAAGAUAUUGAGGGGCAGCUGUUGGGCAGAUUAAAAGCAUCUCCGUGGUACGCAAUUCAAGUGAACAAAUCGACUAACGUUGAAAAUAAGGCGAUCAUGUUAGUUUAUUUGCGGUACGUGCAUCAAGAGGAGGUGCAGGAAGAUUGUCGAGGUUCACUGCCAGGGUGAAAGAAGUUGCGGCAGAAUGUGAGGUAACUCACUGUAUGAUUCACCGAGAGAUGCUGGCAAGCAAGAAGAUGUCUCCAGAGCUCCACACAGUCCUUAAUAAUGCUAUACGUGUCAUCAACCACAUUAAAUCUCAUGCACUAAAUACGCGUUUGUUUGAAUUAUUGUGUGAGGACGGAUGCUGAUCACAAGCGCCUGCUCUUACAUACAGAAGUUCGGUGGCUGUCCAAAGGAAAAGCCAUGACACGAGUGUUUGAGCUAAGAGAGGAAUUACAGAAAUUCCUCUCCGACAAGCAGUCACCUUUAGCAACGCACUUCAGUUACAAGAGCUGGCUCGCAAAACAGGCAUACUUAAGUGACAUUUUCAUGACCUUGAAUGACUUGAACCUGACAAUGCAGGGGAGGAUGGCUGACACAUUCAGGUUGGCGGAUAAAAUUGCUGGAUUUAAAGCCAAGCUGAAAACCUGGGCACGGCGCAUCAACCGGGUUGUUUUUGAUAUGUUUAGCAACUUAUCCAGUUUUUCCAAGGAUGCUGAAGGACUUGGCCUGUUGAAACAUUGCCACCUGACAUCACUGUCUGAUGAGUUUGAGCGUUAUUUCCCCUCUGAAAAAGACCCAAGGAAUGGCAAAGAAUGGAUGCGCAACCCAUUUCAAGAUUAUGACGGUCAGAACCAGCUCUCAUCAAGACAAGAGGACCAGCUGCUAGAGCUCAGAAAUGAUGGAGGUCUGAAAACUGUCUUUAUUUCAACACCAUUGACAUCCUUCUGGAUCAAAGCAUCAAAAGAAUACACUGAGAUCAGCACCCUUGCACUGAAAACCCUGCUCCCGUUCCCGACUUCAUAUCUGUGCGAGGCAGGUUUUUCUGCCAUGACUUCCACUAAGACCAGACUCAGAAACAGACUGGAUGUGAGAAAUACCCUGCAUGUCUCAUUGUCAACCAUCAAGCCCCGGUAUGAUGUUUUUGUGGCUGCCAAGCAAUCGCAGGGGUCUCACUGAUAUGGAUAUCAGACUGUAAGCUGGUUUUUGUUCAUAUUUGUGAAGCAGACCUUUUCAGAUUUCGUUUUAUUGUAUCCCUGUUUUGGAUGCAUAUGUUUUUAUUGGAUGCCCAGGAAGAACAGCUUGUCUUAUGCACAGCUACAAAUAGGCUAGUAAUUUCAAUAAGCAGUUCAUGGUCACAUUAAUAUAGUUUUGUUCUCAUUGGUCUGGUCUGGUAUUUUUUGUUAAAGGUUUAAGCUUAAUUUUAUACUUUUAAAAAUUAUUGGCUGAAAUCACUGUGUUUUUGCUAUUGUAUUCCAAAACUGUCUGACUGUUAAAACUGGCUCUUAUUUUCAUACAAUUAGCCUUUGUUGUCGCCAGUUGGUGAGUGAAUACACUGAGUGAGGGGAGUGAGUGAGUGAGGGGAGUGAGUGAGUGAGAGAGUGAGGGGAGUGAGAGAGUGAGGGGAGUGAGAGAGUGAGGGGAGUGAGAGAGUGAGUGAGUGAGUGCUGUGUAAGUUGCUUUUGAAGUAAAGUAUGGGAGAAAAGGGAAAAAUUUUGUGAACCGGUCUGAAAGUUUAAGAAUAUGGUAUGUUCAUACAAGAAGCCUUUGUUGCCACCUGUUCUUUAUGUGCAAUUAAAUGGUAGACUGUUACUGUUUACACAAUGAUAUAUUACAAAGUACGAUGCAUUUUUGAGGCAUUAAAAUUGACAACUGGUCCCUGGAAUUUUUUCAUUAAUAUAUGCUGGUCCCUGGCACAAAAAAGGUUGGGAACCCCUGCAAUAGAGCAUCUUUGGGAUGUGGUGUGGAUCUCCAUCAACUGCAAGAUGCUAUCCUAUCAAUAUGCAUUUCUAAAGAAUGCUUUCAGCACCUUGUUGAAUUAAGGUAGUUAAGGCGAAAGGGGGUCAGACACACUAAGUACGGUGUUACUAAUAAUCCUUUAGGUGAGUGUGUGUAUACAGUGAGUAUACAAAGUAUUUGAACACCCUGCUAUUUUUCAAGUUCUCCCACUUAGAAAUCAUGGAGGGGUCUAAAAUUGUCAGGUGCAUGUCCACUGUGAGAGCCAAAUCUAAAAAAAUCAGAAAUCACAAUGUAUGAUUUUUUAAACUAUUUAUUUUGAAGUUGUUAUAUGAUACAGCUGCAAAUAAGUAUUUGAACACCUGUUAGUCUGCCUUUAAAAUGUCCACAUUCACUUCAUUUAUUAUCCUAAAUUAAAUGCACCUGUUUUAGGUUGGUUAGCUGCAUAAAGGCACCUGUCCAUCCCAUACAAUCAGUAAGAAUCCAACUACUAACAUGGCCAAAAAUGCUCCACUAUUGGAGCAAUCAUUAUAAAAUGGAAGAAACUAAACAUUACUUUCAAUCUCCCUCGGACUGGGGCUCCAUGCAAGAUCUCACCUUGUGUGGUCUCAAUGAUCCUAAGAAAGGUGAGAAAGCACAUGUCCAGGCCCGUCUUAAGUUUGCAAAUGACCAUUUGGAUAAUUCCACUAAACGUGUUUGGAGGAAGAAGAAUGAUGAGUACCAUCCCAAGAACACCAUCCCUACUGUGAAGCACGGGGGUGGAAGCAUCAAGCUUUGGGGAUGCUUUUCUCCACAUGGGACAGGGUGACUGCACUGUAUUAAGGAGAGGAUGACUGGGGCCAUGUAUUGCGAGAUUUUUAGGGAACUCAGUUAGAGCAUUGAAGAUGGGUCGAGGCUGGGUCUUCCAACAUGACAAUGACCCGAAGCACACAGCCAGGAUAACCAAGGAGUGGCUCUGUAAGAAGCAUAUCAAGGUUCUGGUGUGGUCUAGCCAGUCUCCAGACCUAAACCCAAUAGAGAAUCUUUGGAGAGUGCUCAAACUCCGUGUUUCUCAGCGACAGCCCAGAAACCUGACUGAUCUAGAGCAGAUCUGUGUGGAGGAGUGGGCCAAAAUUCCUCCUGCAGUGUGUGCAAACCUGGUGAAAAACUACAGGAAUUUUUUGACCUCUGUAAUUGCAAACAAAGGCUACUGUUCCAAAUAUUAACAUUGACAUCUGUCUGUGUGCGUGCACGUCUCUGUGUUU